AUGCCCGGGGUCGAGGUCGCUGGCACGUCUCCCGCCUCGCCAGAACAUCCAGAUCACCUUUUGUUCAAGUCCCACAAGUUGCUCCCUCGACGCUCAAAUUCCAUUCCAGAUGCGCAGGUCGCUCAAAUAUCUCCCCUGGGCCAAAAUGGCACCUCUUCAGACGGUCUUUCAUUUACAACCGUGCUUGUUCUUCCUUUAACCCCUCCCGGUGUCGCUCAGGACGAUUCUCCGACCGGGACCGCAAUGCAAAAAGCGGCUGCUUCCUCGUCGUCUGUGGUUGCGAUGCUCACGCCAUCAAAGCCCUCACAUCCCCCGACCCCGGAGACUACUCCCCCACGAGGGCUAGCUUCGAGUCGAUCUGAGUUGAAUCACUUUGGGUACAUCUCGUCGUCCUCGCGGGCGGAAUCGUUCCAGACAGCCUGUGAAAUGAUUUCCGAUGCAGAAACAGAGACACCUCGUCGUUCCGUACCAUCGCUAUCCGGCUGCGGCCCAGGCCCCCGGGUUAUUCAACCUAUUCGCGACGCGUCUAAGCGGUCUCGCGAUCUAAGUGAUGUUGGUGCGCCUGAUGAUGAGGGUCCUACGCGUGGAAGAAAGGGUCUGCGAGAACGUGUUACCCAAGUGCAGGAUUCGCAAGACAAUUCAGCGAUGGAUCAAUUUCGCAAGCAAAUCGGCUGGCCCGAUGAUCGACCGGGACCAACAGGGCCCGAGGACAUUCGACGGUUGUCGGGUGUGUCCACCACGUCUUCGACAGUUGAGGCUAUAAUUAUCGAUACUACUCCACGGCCAGCGAGGCGGGCUCUGCGACAUACAGAAAAGAGACUGUCCUUGCGCUCCGUGAGCUCACCCAUUACACGAUCCGAACGGACAUCUAUUACGUCGCGUUCAGACCUGCAGCACCACCGCCUUAUCCACAAAGCUGCUCGUAUCACCGAGAACAACCGCAGGAGCAUCGUCUCGGACAUCUCCAUUUCUGGGAGCUCAACUUUGGGUGCUCCGCAGCCGGCCGUGGACGUGGUCCCUGUGGUGGUAAUUCCGCAGCGACGUUCGUCGCUCAAGGCCACCUCGAAUUCGACCAGCACCGCUCCGGCCAAGUCCCGCCGCUCCCGUCUGUCCAGUCGACAUGUGCCAACGCUCCCGAACAGCCGACGCGGAUCCCUGGAUCUUCCACGUCAGAGAAAACGUACCUUGUCUGACCCACUUGCCAGCAUGACUCAGGUAGCAGCAGACCGUCGCGGCCGUAGCUUUGAUCGACCAUAUAUUCCUCCGCGAAGCUCAUCGUUGUCCGCUCCGACAAGCCAGAAUAAUUCUGGGACUACCUCUCUGACCUCUGUAAGUCUCCGAAGCCAUACCCUGGCCAUCGAAAUGGAGACCAAACGUCAACAACCUCCCGAGCCCGCACAACCCGCUGUGGUUCCCAAUCCGCGUGGACGAGAGAGGCUUGAUGCUGCAGAAAAUUCGAAAACCCAAUCGAUUUUGAUCGGCGUGGAAGAUAUGACCCAUUUGCGCCCUCCGUCGGGGCCGUUCACGCAGUAUUCCAUCCCUUCGUCAUCGCCGGGGCCAUUUGAGAUUGAUGAGGCUAGGACAGUGGCGAUUUUUCCACACAACAAUGAAUCUCUACUACUUGUUGACCCGCAAGUCCAGUCGAGCCUGCAAGGAAGGAUGCAUUUGAUGGACCAUCAUCAGCCCAACCCAGCCCAACCACGCACCCCCGAUCCUGCACAGCAACGCGAGCGUGACGUGGACUCUCCAUUGAGGAAUCCCCGACCACCACCACCGCUUCCUCCUGUUGCCAUAUUGCUUCCUCUGAAAUAUGAGCCAGACACGGAUCUAGCUCUGAAAGCGGACGCGACUGAUGGCGCUACCAGUAGACCUUCGUCUAAGCGACGGGGACGGAUCGCUCGACCUCGGUCCGAGUCCUUCAACUCUUUUGUGCGGUCUCUUUCCCUGACAUCGGCGAAAAACCCCAAGGCUGGAGAGGACAUCGACGGUCGACUGCAGCCAUUCUGGCGCCCGCGCCGAUUCUGGCCUGAGACUCCUGAAGGCGGAUCUCCCGCGGACGAAAUGGGUCCUCAGCCCCAGAAAACUGAGCAGUCCGAUCAGGUCAUUAGCAACUCGUUGGGAAUGCCUCAUAAGCGGAUUGUGUUUGAGGGGCCUCCCAUUUCCCCUCACUUAGCUGCAACGCGGCGGUCCGAUGGCUCAACGCUUUACCGUCAUGCGAACAGAAGCACUCUGGUGGAGAGUCGGAUCUUCAGCCCGGAAGCGCUGUAUUCCCAGUCCUCUCUGCAUCAGCGACAGUUCCCCGCAGUAUCGUGGUGGCGGCGACGGGUCCGCUCUGGCAUGCUCCGAUCUCUCCGGCGACGCAUGCGAAAUUCUAUGCAGCAACGCGCGGAGGCAAAACGUGAAGCUCGACGCGAAAAGCUCAAGCAAAGCAUAGGCGAGGCUGUCUUGGUGAACUGCAGCACUCAAGUGCGCAGGGCGAUUCAAUGA